AUGCGCCGCUCCAACAACGUGAGCGGGUACAGUUACAGAGUGCAGUUGGGGAAACACAGUCUGGAGAACAGUGAGGAGAAGGGUUCUCUCACUCUGGGUCUGAGCAAGAUCGUCAAGCACCCCGCCUACAACUCCCAUGUCACCCGAAACGACAUUGCUCUGCUGAAGCUGGAAAAUCCCGUCACUUUCUCGGACACCAUCAGACCCGCGUGUCUGCCACAGGAGGGCGCUGUUCUGCCUCACGGUGCUCCCUGCUACGUCACCGGUUGGGGACGCCUCGCAACUGAAGGUCCUGGAGCAGUGACUCUACAGCAGGCUCUCCUCCCUGUGGUCUCCUUUGAGGUUUGCUCUCAAGACGACUGGUGGAGCUUCCUCUUGACCAGAGACAUGGUCUGUGCUGGAGACGGUGUCCGCUCCUCCUGCAUGGGGGACUCUGGGGGUCCCCUAAACUGUCAGAGCUCUGAUGGCUCCUGGGCGGUGCAUGGCGUGGUCAGCUUUGGCUCCAGUGAAUGUAACGCUGUCCAGAAACCCAGCGUCUUCACCAGAGUCAGCGCCUACAACCAGUGGAUCUCCUCUACGAUGACAAAGUACUGA